GUAUUUUUUUCUUUUUUGGUUUAAAAAAAAGUGAAAAACAACACAAUAAACAAUUCGACCAAAAAAAAAAAGGUAGCGAUUGCUAACGAAGGAUUAACACAUUAUAAAGGUCCUUACCGUCGCAUAUAAUUGCUAUUGCCUCGACGAGCGUUCAGUAUAUCCGGUACUGUGCUUAUACAGCGAAGCUAUCAUGUGUGAGUUCAACGGUAGGAAAUUCUACGGAUUUUCGAUGCAAAAUGAUCCGGACCUCACAACAUCAGCUAAAAAUUUUGAAUUCAAGUAUAUUAGGCCGGAAAUGCUUGAGAGAGCUAUACAAAAGGUCAACAAUCACAAUAAGGAAGAUUUAAAAAAUAAGUCUAAGAAUUACAACAACUAUUACAACAAUUGCGGUCAUACACGCGAAGAAGGGGGAGAAUAUAGUUUGAUGCCUGCAGAACCAGAUGUUGACUCACAUAUGACACGUUUCUUGAAUGCCGAUUACAAACGAGUGCGCAAUUUAAGUGACAACGAAGUAGAAAAAUUAAUCGGCCGAGCUAAAAAUAAACCACCAGUUUCGCCUAAAAAGUGCCGAGAAAGCCGUUUACCCGUGCCACAUGCAAUGCAUGAAUGCCAUCGCGAACAUAAAGAUACCACCAAAACUAAAAAUGCUUUACUUACAAAAUAUAAGAAAAUUAUGCGAGAAGAAGCCUGCUGUCAGACAAGUAGCGAAGAUUUUGAUGCAUGCGGCAAAUCGACGAUGGAGAGAGACUAUGCCACGGAUAGUGUAGAAACUCAUGCCUACUUGGAAGAAUAUCGGAAACCGAAACCACAAUGGGUGGAAAUUUUAGAGACGAGUCCGAAAGAACCACGCGUCGAAAUGCAUAUUAGAGAUGAAUGUCAGCUUGUCGUUCCGCCAUGCAAAGAGCAAUUCGAUUACUUUAGUAUGCCAUAUCAGAACUACGACGCUCAUUCCUUGCCGGCAAUGCUUAUGAAUGAAAUUGUAGCGGAAAAUUUACGCAUGGCCGGAACAAAGCAUAUGAAUACCUAUGAAGAAUCUUCAACGGACAAUAAUUAUAUUGUCGAAGAUAGCGACUUAGAGUUUGAGUAUUAUAAUCGACCGAUGUAUACAAAAUAUUGCAAACCUCGUCCUCCUCUAAAGGAUGAUUCGUUAACGGCCUCAAAUGAUGAGGGUGGAGAGCCACAUUUCAUAGAAGUCGAGCAGAACGACAUAGAUUGUUUUGAUAUGAGUUAUAUACGCAAUGCUUCACCUAUACAAUUCACUGAAGUCACGGAAGAAACAAAUGAGGACGCGGCCGAGGCAACUGAGUUAAAAGUUGAUAUUAAUGUUAGGCAGAAAUCCGAAGAGCAGCUAAAAGCUUUACCCGCGCCGCCACCACCACCACCUGAUAGUCCCACAACAACGGAUAGUAAAAAAGUAACUACGAGUAAGUUGCAAUCGAAAAAACGUAAAAUACGUAGCGGUCAGCAGCAACAGUCGCAGGCUCGUACGGUCAAUAGUGCUAGCUCACGACCAGGUACACCCGUAUCACGCUACUGUAGCACAACACCAGAUGAUUACAGUCCAAAAACGAAAGACACUCAUAGCGAAUCAAAACCUAAUACGCCAACUGCACAUCCAGCCGAUAAAGAUACUGACGAAACGGCUAAGAAGAAAGGCAAAAAGGGUCGAUCCAAAAAUCUAAUAGUCAGUAAAUCCAUUGAGGACUUGAAAGCCGAAAAAGUUGUCAUUUUCAAUAAGAUGACGAGCACUCAAGAGAAAAUUAUUGAAGUCUUGGAUAAAUUGAGAUUGAACCUGUUGGAAACAAAUAUACCAGAAAAUGCUUUUGAUAAGUCGCGUCGUCAGAAGAAUGCUUUCGAGUUUUCAGUUCGAUUUUCACGGAACUUUCUUUACCCUCUAAAAGGAAUGAUCAAUGAUUUGAAAUUUACCCCCAGCGAGCAGUUCACGAGUCUGACCUCUAAUGAUGCAUGCGCUCGUAUAUCCAAUAUCUAUACUCUGCUACUUCAAUCACUAAAUACAUAUCAGAAACAACUCCGCUAUUUUCUAUUGGAUCACGUACCGCAAAAGCUAACGAUACUAAUUGAAAUGAUCUAUACAACUACUAGUGCAUGCUUGGAGAAGAACAUUUUUUCCACUCAAGAUGUGGUGAUUGAUUGUUUGCAGCAACGGUGCUCGAAAUUUAUCGGUUUUCUUGAAGACAUGCAUGAGGGACGUUUAAAUCACGCCCGUCAAAACUAUCGAAAAUUGACUUUGGAAAAAGCUCAUUCCAAAUAUGAUUUAAAAAUGUUCAUGAAUGAUUUAAAUAUGUACGAACCGAAACUUGUGCCAAAACAAUCGCCAGAAAAGUCCUGUUCCAAAAAAAAAUCCAAACCAAAGAAAAUGUCGAGCGAUGUUAAUGACGUGGCUAUAGAACAAUCAAUUGAACACAUUAAAGAAAAACCAGCUGAAGACGCAAUUUCAACUCAAAUGCAAGGCUUAGAUGAUAAGAAAAGUUCAGUAUCCUUUUGGAAAAUAGCUUCGCAAACUUACUUUAAAGGAAAUGAUGAGUGCUCACCAGGUACUAGCGGCUCAAGACAACCCAAGACAACAGCAGAAAAAAUAGAUAAGCAAGUUAUUGAAGUUUUACAACAUAUAACUAAAGAACAAGUUAGACAAGUAUUGGCACCAAUCUUCGAUUCAUUGGGUGCCGCUCUUGGCAAUCAGGUGAGUUGGUGAAAAUACUUUCUCUUCCC